GAAUCUCACCAUCAUUCUGUGUGUCUGUCAAUUAUGUCUCAUAAUGGUCAGUUGACUUGAGGAAGUAACAUCAAGACAAAGUGAGAUCUCAUUUGUAAGAAAACUGCAUCAGUGCACGCAUGCAUAUACAUGCGCACACACACAUACUCUGUCUUGUGUACUGAGAGGAAUAUAUUUGAAGAUGAAGAUUAAGAGUCGUAAGAAAUCCACAACUUGGUGGUUAUUCAACCCAGAGGAUGCGUCAAGCAACAGUUGGGCGUCUGCUGAGUUUGAUCUAGCUCAGAUCCGGUUGAUAGUGUAUCAAGACUGUGAGAGAAGAGGGCGCCAGGUUCUCUUUGACUCCAAAGCAAUACAUAAACUCAAUGCAUCUGAGUCGACCGCUGACGAGACCAAAACUCCACACACCCGGAGUGGUUCUUGCCAAAUCGGCAGCCAAGCAAAUGAAAAAUACAAGCACCCUACAUAUCAGUACACCAGACCGGCUUCAGAUGUGAACAUGCUUGGGGAGAUGAUGUUUGGCUCCGUUUGUAUGAGCUAUAAAGGUUCAACUCUGAAGAUUCACCACAUUCGGUCUCCACCGCAGCUAAUGGUCAGUAAGGUUUUCUCAACACGAUUUGGCAGCAGCACCUCUGGAAGUACAAAUACACUACAAGACAGUUUUGAGUCGCUGAGCCAAACUUUUCCUAGUCACACCGGCAGCCUAGGAAUUCACUGUGUGCCUAGCGCUCCUCUGCUCUGCCUGGUUCGGAGCGCGUCUUUCUUUGCAGCCCACAGUAAUCCAGUGGACAUGCCAAGUAGAGGACACUGUGAGGACGGAGAUAGUGGUAUUGCCCGCACAGCGUCUUUAAGCAGCCUAUUGGCCACGCCCAUACCAUCACCUGGCUCCUCCUCAAGCAGCGGCUGUGCCAGCAGUUACAAUCGGCGAUGGCUCCGUAGCCAGGCUACCAGUCUCCAACAUGGACCCAUGCCUCGCUGGAGCACUGAAGAAAUGUUCAACCUUUCUGAUGAGAGCUGCAGUUCCAACCCUGCCAUGAUCCGGAGAAAGAAGAUUGCCAUCAGCAUCAUCAUCAGCCUGCCGGAAAAAGAAGAGGAAAACCAACAUUUUCAGAAGUUCUUCUUCUCUCACUUCCCUCUGUUUGAGUCUCACAUGAACAAACUCAAGACUGCCAUCGAGAGGGCAAUGAUUGUGGGCAGAAGGAUAGCAGAGUCCAGCCAGCGAGUGCAGGUGUAUCUGUGUCGAGUAAUGGAAGCACUGGGAGAAUUCAGGAUGACAGUCUGGAACCUGUACAUGGCUCCACGCAUCAGUGAGCCAGUCUGGCUUACCAUGAUCUCCCAGCGUGCUGAGCGAAAUCUGCUGUGUCAGCGCUUCCUAAAGGAAAUGAGUUUGCUGAUGGAACAAGGAGCCAAGAGCCAGUUUCUCUCAGCUCUCCUUACUGCCGUUCUUACACAUCACUUAGCCUGGGUUCCCACGGUGAUGCCCAGCAACCUCCCACCAAUCAAACACGCCUCCCAGACAGCGGAUCUGUUAGCAAAGUCUCAUCCAUACAACCCACUAUGGGCUCAAUUAGGUGAUCUGUAUGGUGCUUUGGGCUCUCCAGUGAGAGUUUGUCGGACAGUGGUAGUGGGGCGAAGGAGGGAGCUGGUCCAGCGAGUCCUAUAUGUUCUCUCCUACUUCAUUCGUUGCUCAGACCUGCAGGAGCAUACACAACCCCAAGGACAGAUGGACAGUCCAGCCAAUCCCUGCUCCUCUCAAACCACCGAUCUCACCCAUGAGACUGAAAGGACCAAUGAAAAAACAGACUCAUCGAAGCCCAUCCCCUGUGUUACGAGAACCAAUGCACUGAGCACUGGCUUGGGUAAUUUACAUUCAGACAUCCAUUUAGAACAAAAUGAUGAGAGAACAUUCUUAACAGAUACAAAAUCAACAAAUCCCUCCACCUAUCCGGAAUCGACCACUGUCAGGCCUGAAUGUACAGAGAUUGGCCAGGAAUGUUUUGGAGAAGACAACGAUUCUGUUGGGAGCAUAUUAGAACACAAUUUGUCCAGUCAGAGUCCUCUUCUCCAGAGGGUGCAGUUUCACAUUGGCAGUCCCAGAGAGGCAGAGAAUUAUAAACAAGCGGGGUGUCUAACUGGGAUGGGGUGUGGGCGGGCAUUAGACAGGAAGUUACAUCAAAGGCUUUUGACUGACAUACGGAGGAACGAGAGUUCAGACAGUGCCCUAGGUGAUAGUGAUGAGGAAGAAACAUCAGCGCAACAGCUCUAUGUGGUUACAGAUCAAAAGGAGUAUGAGUUACCACUUCCAAGUUGUCAGGUGGAGAGUCGAGCCAGUGUUAAUCAUUUUGGACACUCUUUGCUGGGGGGUUACUGUCCUCAGUAUAUGCCUGAUUUUGUGUUACAUGGCAUCAGUUCUGAUCUCAGGCUCAAACAGUGCCUUAUGGCGGACCUGGAACACACUGUUCUCCAUCCGGCGAUGGAUGAGCCAAUCACCGAGGCUCUGUGCAUUGUGGCGGACACAGACCGGCUGAGCGUGCAGGUGGUGACGAGUCAAAGACGCACGUGUGAGGGUGGACGGUUAGGCAGAGACGUGAUGGUGUCCAACCUCAUACAUACGCUCAUCACAUCAGUUUUGGAGCUCUAUGCACUGAACAUCACAGCGGACUUUUGUGUGAUGCACCUGGAGGACCGGUUACAGGAGGUGUACUUUAAGAGUCGAUCCUUAGCAGAAUAUCUGAGAGGACAAACCAGGGUCCAUGUUAAAGAUCUGGGAAUGGCACUGGGGAUUGAGUCCAGUGACAUUCCAUUGCUUGCAGCAGUUGCCAGCACACACUCACCCUAUGUGGCCCAGAUUCUUCUUUAAAUGGACCAAGCAAGAUUUAUUUCAUUUGAAGGACCAAUCGGAAUGUGUGGCUGUUCUGCGUGGACCAGCAAAAAUCUGAUCACUAUUAGAUUAACACACCAAUCAUGAUGCAAUGUGCUCGACAACCAAUCAGAGCCCACACCCAGCCUUUAAUAUACCAAUCAAAAAUUCCUCUUGUCCAGCUGACAGAGUUUUGUGUUUACGUAUGUGUGCCGUCUAAGUAACAGAUAAAUGUAAAUAUGGCCACCCUAUAGACUGAAUCGUACACCACAUUGGGACACUUGUUAAUACUUUCCUUAUGUCUUUUCAAAGAUUUUAUCUCAGAACUUUUUAAGAUUUAUAUGAAAGAGAAGGCUGAAAAAGUUUUUUGAUAGAGGACGUCACUAAAAGCCUUAUGAAGUCCGAUUUAUUUAUGAGAUUCUUAAGGAAGCAAUCUUUUGUAUUAGCAUCAGUUAUCAAAUUCUUGAGUGAUUCUGUGUUGGAUGUUUUGUGUGUUUUUUCUCUGCAAGUGUGCUUCAAUCUGAGAAAGAUGGGAGAAUGUUUACUUAAUAGAAUAUAGGUAGACUGUGGGUGAUACUAAACAUUGUUACUGUUAAUUACUUGUCAAUGGACAGUUUACAGAUUGUGGAUUACAACAUUAAUCUGGUGCUACUAUAAUGUUAAUUGUGUCAAAGGCUUACUACAGUAUGUACUUUACACUUUGCCCUUGCAAAUGCCUGUUAUUUAUACUAUAUACUAUACUUCUGUUUUGUGUUGUUUAUGGUUCCAGUUAAAAGGCCUAGAGAAAGACUGUUUUGUUAUAUUUUUUUUUACAGAAUUCUCUACCUCAAAUAAAUUAAAGUGGUCUGAGAUUAAUUUAUAGGCUUGAUCAGACGGUAUCCCACUUGAGGAAUGCAUUGUGCUGAUCUCAAUGAGUAAACACUUAAAUGCACUCAAAAUUCAGCUGCAUUUGAAUGUCUACGAAGAGCAUGACUCUGAUUUUCCAUACUGAAUGCAAAUGUUAUUUUUUAUUUUUUUGUUAUUUUUCCUUUUAUUUUUGGAACUUUAAUGAACACUAAGGUAACAUUUAACCAUUUUCAGUAGUCUCUUUUGAGGCUGUACUGAAAUUUAAUGUUACUUUUUGGUCUGUUCUGCACAUAACGUUGACACUUUACAGGUUGAAAGCGGUUGGGGAUGUUGUCUAUGACAAUGGGAUGUUGCUAAGUACUGAAUGACUGACAAAUAAAUAACUUUUUGUACUUUUAAAUAUUUUACAUUCUUGGCAACAUGAGAAUUUCAAGUUUGAAUUAUU